GACAAGUCAGGAGCGGUAGACGUGUGCCUCCCGCACUCACACACCCACACACACAAGGCUCGCUUUGUGUGGCCAGGCAGCGAGAGCAUUGCAUCUCCACUCAACGGCACAACAGCCCUCUUUGCAUCAUGGAUGCAGUGAAGUUUUUUUCUUGCAUGCGGCAGAGAUAACCUCCUCCGAGCUGAGCUGAGCGUGGAACAUACUGUAUUGUUGUUAGCAAUGCGCCGAGGUUAAACAAGAGGGAAGUGAAAUAUUUAUUUUUGUGAUUCGCACAGCAGCGACUUGCCGGGGCUGGAGUAUUUCAGCUUUAAAGCACUCCAAAUGCUGCAUUGCUAUAAGCUUUCUGAUUGUCUGCAUCACCAGCGAGCCGGAGGACCAUGUGAAGCAGGUCGGGACCCACUGCAUCCGCCCGCCCGCACCAAGUAUGCAGCCUCGCCGGCUGUGCCCCCGCUCCCGGCUCUCGCUGGCCGUAGCCCUGUGUGUCUUUGUCCUGUGCUGGCUCUACGUCUACCCAGUCUACAGGAUACCGGACGAGAAGGAGAUCGUCAGCGAGAUCCUGCGCCAGGGGAGGUGGAAGCGAAACCAGACAGCCAUCGCUGGCUUCAGGCGACUCCUUCAGCAAUGCUGUGACACGCAGAGGUUGUUCGCCGUGACAAAGCUGAACUCGCCCAUGGGAAAGAGCCUCUGGUUUGACGGAGAGUGGCUCUACUCACUGGCCAUCAACAAGGAGAUCUUCUCCAUGUUUCCCCAGGAUACACCGAUCCAGCUGCCACUGAAAAAGUGCUCGGUGGUGGGAAAUGGCGGAAUCUUGAAGAAGAGUAACUGUGGCAGCUUCAUCGACAAGGUGGAUUUCAUCAUGCGCUGCAACCUCCCUCCUCUCACCAGCGAAUACACCAGUGACACCGGCUACCGAACGCACCUGGUGACUGCAAAUCCCAGCAUCAUCGAAAAAAGAUUUCAAAACCUGCUGUGGUCCCGGAAAUCCUUUGUGGAGAGCAUGAAGGUGUACGGUGGGAGCUACGUCUACAUGCCGGCCUUUUCCAUGAAGACGGGAACGGACCCAUCCCUCCGCACCUACUACACGCUGUCGGACUUCAGUGCCAACCAGACGCUCCUCUUCGCCAAUCCUGAUUUUCUGAGCAGCGUGCAGAAAUUCUGGAAGAGGAAAGGGAUCCACGGCAAGCGUUUGUCCACGGGCAUGUUCCUCGUCAGCGUAGCCAUGGGCCUCUGCGAAGACGUCACCCUCUAUGGGUUUUGGCCAUUUUCAAUAGACCUGCAAGGCAAGAUAAUCAGCCACCAUUAUUAUGACAAUAUCAUGCCUUAUUCAGGCUACCAUGCCAUGCCUGAAGAGUUUCUCCAACUUUGGCUCCUGCAUAAAAGUGGCAUCUUAAAGAUGCAGAUUGGCAAAUGUGAAGAUGGCUUGAUCUAAUCUUCAUUCCAGAAGAAUGGAGCUGUAUAUUGUACAGGUUACCUGCUGUAAUCCUUUUGGGUAGAAUCUCAUCAACUUGCACUGACAAGAUGUUCCAUUUCAGUAGUGAAUACUUUCUUCCAAGAAAAUUGGUUUGAAGCCAGAUUUCCUCCUCAUUGCCACAAACUGUGAAUGGAUAUAGGGUCAGCAACUUUCAGGCUGAGCUGAAUAACACUUCCAACACCUGACCUGUACUGUGCGUGGAAUAUAAUGUCGCUAGGAGCUAAUGAGACGCUGAUGGAAUCACUGACCAUGUUGGUUUAUACUUGUGUCGGUAAACCAACAUAAGUAACGAAUGCCUCGACAGCUCAAAGACUGACGUUCGGAAGGGGUGUGUGUAAAUAUUGUCUCUCGCAGUUGUUACCGAAGGAUUCUCAGUUGGUGAAAGUAUCACCAAAGUUUCAUAAUUAGUCUGCGGGUUUUACCAGAUGCAGGUUCGGACUCGGUACACUUUGUAAAGGAGCAUGCGUUAAACAAAUUGGUAUGAGUUAUUCUACUAAUUUCUGUUCUUGCUCAUAGGAAAUUAUUUUGCAAGCAUUUCAUUCAGUGUGAAGGAAUUAGCUUAGUACUUUUUACAGAGUAGACCUUCUUGAACGAGCAUCGAUGAGCCUAUCUCUAAAUCAGUUUUGCUUUGACAUUGCAGAUACAGAAUAGGCUUCCACCUCUUGUGUUUGUCUACAGAACUUUAUCUUGUCUUUCCAUUGCCAUUCCCCGUUCGUUCCGAUAAGGUACUAUAGAUACAUCUGAUUAUGUUUUUCCCUAACAGUGGGCAUACUAUUGAACAAGUCAAAAAAGACCACGGCCCAUUGCGGUGAUAAUUUACAAAAAGUACUGACAGCAAGUGAAUGCAUUUGUUACCUUCAUGGACUAAUCCGUUUGGAUCAUAAAAAUACUUUUUCUUUGAAACACUCUCUCUGACAUAAGAUAGGCCAGGUUAUGAUCCAAGCGUAGGUACGUGUUAGAUUUGUAUUCAUAGUGGAGACACGCAUACUGAGCGGAAACGUGUGAUUCCCAUGGCUAUGUAGUAGCGAUGGCAAAGCUGUUUCUAUCAGAGAGUGAAUUACUCCAAACACUUAUCAAUUGUGUAUCCCACAUCUUCACCAAGCCCAAGAGUGGGAGUUAAUUGUUUCACCAUUAUAUGGAUAGCACGGUGGCGCAACUGGUAGAACUGCUGCCUCACAGCGCCAGAGACCCGGGUUCGAUCCUGACCUCUGUCUGUCUGUGUGGAGUUU